AUGUUAAAAGCCAUAACCGGCACCUCUCCAUUCCAUCCGGGACACUUUUCUGGGAUGCAAGGACGGCUUCUCAAUGGCUGACUGGGUGGAAGCACUGGAUUGACUGGUUCUGAUGCUGGCAUCUCUGAUAUUGUGAACUCUUGACUCUGUACAAUACUUGAAGGAAAGAAACACAAGCCAGGGGGACAAGGCCAGUUUGUCUGGGGACCGUCACGAUGUCUAAGACCAGAGAGUCGGUGAAGGUGGUGGUCCGCUGUCGACCCAUGAAUGAGAAGGAGCGGGCAGCCAACUUUGAGAAGGUGGUGCAGGUGGAUGUGAAGCUGGGCCAAGUGGCCGUGAGAAACCCCCGGGGGGCUGCAGCCCACGAUCACCCCAAGGUCUUUACAUUUGACUCUGUGUACGACUGGAACUCSAAACAGGUAGAUCUCUAUGAUGAAACCUUCAGGCCCCUGGUAGACUCCGUUUUGCUUGGUUUCAAUGGGACCAUAUUUGCAUAYGGCCAGACRGGUACAGGAAAGACYUACACUAUGGAGGGGGUGCGCAAUGACCCAGAGAGAAGGGGUGUAAUCCCCAAUUCCUUUGAGCACGUCUUCACACACAUCUCCCGCUCCCAGAACCAGCAGUACCUGGUGMGGGCCUCGUACCUGGAGAUCUACCAGGAGGAGAUCAGGGACCUGCUGUCCAAGGACCAGUCCCGCCGGCUGGAGCUGAAAGAGAGGCCAGACACGGGUGUAUACGUCAAGGACCUGUCCUCCUUCGUCACUAAGAGYGUACGAGAAAUAGAGCACGUCAUGAACGUGGGGAACCAGAACCGCUCGGUGGGCUCCACCAAUAUGAAUGAGCACAGUUCCCGGUCACAUGCCAUUUUYSUYAUUACCRUCGAGUGCAGCGAGCUGGGYRUCGACGGAGAGAACCACAUUCGAGUKGGCAAACUGAACCUGGUGGACCUGGCUGGCAGUGAGAGGCAGACCAAGACAGGAGCCCAAGGAGAGCGCCUGAAGGARGCYACCAAGAUYAACCUGUCCCUGUCAGCCUUGGGGAAUGUCAUCUCUGCCCUAGUGGACGGCAGGAGUACCCACAUCCCCUACCGCGACUCCAAGCUCACCCGCCUGCUACAGGACUCCCUGGGGGGCAAUGCCCGCACAGUCAUGGUGGCUAACAUCGGACCAGCCUCUUACAACGUGGAGGAAACACUGACCACGUUACGCUACUCAAACCGMGCCAAGAACAUYAAGAACAAGCCCCGYGUCAACGAGGACCCUAAAGAUGCUCUGCUCAGGGAGUUCCAGGAAGAGAUUGCUCGGCUCAAAGAGCAGUUAGAGAAACGCUCAGGGAAGAAGAAGAAGAAGAGGAGGAGGAGGGGGGUUGGAGAAGCUGGGGAUGAACUAGAAGAGGACACUGAGGAUGGAGAGACUGAGGAGGAGGAGGAGGAUGAUGGUGUAGAACCAGCUGAUAAAGUGGGUGCAGAUUAUUGGCGUGUACAGCAGGAGAAGUUGGAGAGGGAGAGGAAGGCCAUCAUGGAGGAUCACAGUCUGGUGGCAGAGGAGAAACAGAGGCUGCUAAAAGAGAAGGAGAGGAAGAUGGAUGCCCUCAAAAAGGAGCAGGAGGCAGGCGAGAUGCUGACUGCCAAAGUCAAGGCGAUGGAGAGUAAGCUUCUGAUGGGCGGGAAGAACAUUGUGGACCACACCAAUGAACAACAAAGGAUCCUCGAACAGAAGAGACAGGAAAUCGCUGAACAGAAACGCAGAGAGAGGGAGAUGCAACAGCAGGUGGAGAAUCGUGACGAGGAGACCCUGGAGUUGAAGGAGACAUACAGCUCUCUACAACAGGAAGUAGACGUCAAGACAAAGAAGCUGAAAAAGCUUUUUGCGAAGCUACAGGCAGUGAAAACUGAGAUCUAUGAGGUCCAGGAGUUGCACAUCAAGGAGAGACAGGAGCUGGAGCAGACCCAGAAUGAGUUGACCAGGGAUCUCAAACUCAAGCAUCUCAUCAUUGAGAACUUCAUCCCCAUGGAGGAGAAGAAUAAGAUUGUGAACAGGGCGUUCUUGGACGAGGAGGACGCAUGGAAGAUGCGUCCCAUCACCCGCAUAGAGGAUGACCAGCAGAUGAUGACCACAGUGUCAGCGGUGGGCUACAGAAGACCCCUGAGCCCCGCCCGCACGUCCAUGGUGAUAAGGGCUGAUGUCAGAUACAAGGCUGAGAAUAUCCUGAUGCUGGAGAUGGACCUGCCUGCUCGGACCACUAAGGAGUAUGAGGAGCCGGUCAUAGCGCCCACGGUAGCAGCAGCGUUGGAGGAUGCUCUGCGGGAAGAGGAUGCGAUCCAGGUGGAUGCCUCCGGGUUCCACAGCAGCCUCGGACCCACCCAGACCACCAGCACUGGGGCAGUCAAGAAACCAAAGUCUGGCCGACCUAAAACGGGUAAGAAGACUGGCACCCCUACCUCUCGCACCCCCAACUCUCCAUACAGCCCCUCCAGCCCAGGACAUCCUUUAUAYCCACAAUCCCGUGGGCUGGUGCCCAAGUGAUAACUCCACACAUUUCCUGUUUUUGGACCCAAAAUUGAAGACUGCUUUUUGUUUUGUUUUUCUACUGAUUUGCAGUCUGCAAGAGAAAGUGACGGAGACUCAAGACUGAUUCAAGCACUUUUUUUAUUUUUUAUAUAUAUCUUUUUUUAUUUUACCUGAGACCAUAGCUCUUAUCAUUUUUGAUUUUUUUUAAAAGAGAUUUUUAUCUACCUUACCAACCCACAUGGUUACUGCAGUGCAGUGCAAUACUAUGUCAUCUGUGUGUGAUGUUCCAGAGACAAGCAGUUGAGUACUACCUUCCCUUUAAGUCUGGCCUAAGUCUUAUGGGUCCCACACAUGUUCUUAAUGUAAACAGAUAAGGAUGGUGUCGUCUAGACCAAUUCUUUUUUGAGCUCUAGUUCACUACUAUGCAUGUGUCCUCCUGGCGCCCCUCCUMGGUCUGCAGUGUGAUGGGAGGAGACGUGGACAUGGGGGGGCUGGCGUCUGAAAGGACAGAUUACACCUUGAUCUCAAUGCUUUGCUGUACAUGUCAAUGACAUGGUGGGGGGAGUGUGUUUCUCUGCCCAGAAGUGSUUGUCAAUGUCCCUACUUUAGGUUUACAAGCUGUUAUCCAGGUCUGUCUGUUACACAGUUGAGCUUUAAUUCUGUUGUCCUCAAUAAGUGGGGAGUGUUUUGUUUGUACUGCAUGGUGAACUAACUGUACAGGCCRGAGGGUGAGGCACGCCGCAACACGUCAUGUCACGUGGGCCGGUCGCUGCUGGAAUCACUACAUGCUGUUCUUCCUGGAGCACAUAUGAUGACAGGCAUAUGGAAGAGGUGAACUAGAGGUCAACACAAGCCAAAUCAUCUAUCAGGGUUCUGAGGUGCCUUAGAUUCUCCAGACUCUACAGACCUACAGCGGCUGGCUAAAGGAGAGGCAGGGAGCUGUAUGUUGCCUCAACCUCAUCUUUACCCACCUCCGAUCUGGCUCUGAGUGUUCCUUGGAAUCAACUGAUUUGUGGUACCUUAAACUUUCUACCUAUGUCAAGAGGCCUCAAUCAAAAUGGAUGUAGCUUUCCUUGUAUGUUUUGGAUAAAUAUGCAGUCUUAAUUCACUGUUUUUUUAAACCUGCAUCUCUGAGCGUUGUCCCUACUCCCUCUUUGCUACUGCAGGGUUAUACUGCCCUGUGACAGUAUAUGUGUAUAGAAAGUCCUGUAUCACCUUUGCAGUUGUAAAAAAUUAAAUACUGAAAAAGGUUAAAUUAUUAUCUUUUUUUUUUCUCCAUUUUUAUACACAACUGUAGAUAACUUUUUUUUUUCUUCUUUGAAAUACUUUUUGGAUUUGUAUAAUUUUAAGUGCACUUUAAUUUUGUGUUUCUGACACGGUAUGUGCAUUUCAAAUGGCUUUAGUUUUUUUUAGUUAAAAAAUAUAUAUAUUUUAAGGUCAGAUCAACUGUUGCACAAUGUUUUAUAUGGGACGGAUGCGUUCUAUCCUAAAAUGUGAUGUUCACUCAGAUUCUGUGUUGAGACUUGUAUGCAUGAUGGUAAUCUUUAUACAAUGGUUAGCCCCUAUUAUUAUUUUUAAAUACUUCUGACCAUAUAAAGCUAACAUUAAUUCAGCAUGAUUUUUAGAAAAUUCUUACGUCACCAAGCCAUAGAAUUUGGCAUCUAAAAUAAAUCCCUACAUUUUUAUCCCGUUGUCAUGUCACCGUAUCUAAACUUUAUAAGAUGUUUGCUAUUCAUGAGCAGAUUAUUGUUUUUGACAAAUUAAGAUAAUGCACUACAAUCGGUGUGACUGGCAACGCAGAAGUCCAACUUUUUAAACCUUUUUYUAUUUAUUUUUUAUAAAGAUUACGUAAUUACA